GCGCGUGUGUGUGUGUGUGUUGCUGCGCGGCGUACUUCACGGCUAGCGAGGAGUCCCGUCGUGUGUCCCCCGCGUGCGUCUACGUGCGCGUGCGUGCGUGUGCGAGCGAGCGAGCGUGCUCCGUAAAUAAUGCGCGCUAUCGUCGUCGGCCGUGGAGGGCACAUCGCGACCGCAACGACGGCGACGGGGACGAUGACUGUUUGAGGAGGGGAGGAAGGGGGAGAGAGAGAACGCCGACCGGGACCGUGGCGAGCGUCCGCGGGCCGUCCGCCUCGCGUACGACCCCGCGAGUGGCCGCGCUGACCCAGUUCCAGCGAGCGAGGGCACUUGCUUCGUGUCCGCGACCCUCUCGGCGACCCUUUGUUUCGUCGGGGUCGGUGGCCACCGAGAGACUACGACGACGACGACGACGACAAGGAGGAUGAUGGUGACAACGACGUCGACGUCGCGCCGAUAAACAGAGCUUCGCGAAGCACCCGCGGGUAGAACCCGCGUAGAGCGACGCUGCUGACUCCUGGGGCUUCGGGAGGCGACACCGUGCUCGGGGAGAGACUUAGGUUAAGUAGGUACAGGGUAGCCGAUCCUCGUGGCGUCUCGAUCGCAGGUGGUGCCCGAUAGCACGUCGCUGACGGAGGUCGGUCCGCGCGAUACAUGGAUGCUGCCGCCGUCGUCGGCGGCCGCAGCAGCCCCCGCGUCCUCGCCCGGCGACCGGACGACGCGGGCGAGAUGAGACACGUCUGCCCACGUCCUCGCGCGGGAACGUCGACGGGACACGAUCGCAGCGCGAUAAGCAGCCAGCGGCAGCCUGUUGCCGGGAUCCGUGCGUUCAUAUAUGGCAGUACGUGAGGGGGGCUUCACCCCGAAGCAAGAUGCCGCACGUCACGCGAAAAUGGGAGCUGUUCCCGGGCAGGAAUCGCUUCUGCUGCGACGGCAGGGUGAUGAUGGCACCGCAGACCGGAGUGUUCUACGUCACCGUGUGCCUCAUCGUCGGAACCAGCGGACUGUUCUUCGGUUUUGACUGUCCGUACCUGGCACUACACGUAACACCAGCAAUACCAGUAAUAGGAGCUUUACUAUUUAUAUUUGUAAUGUCUGCUUUGUUCCGCACAAGCUUCAGCGAUCCUGGAGUGAUUCCAAGAGCCACACCUGACGAAGCAGCUUACAUCGAGAAACAAAUCGAAGUACCGAACAACGGUAACUCUAAGACGUACAGACCUCCCCCCAGGACGAAAGAAGUCUUGAUCAGAGGGCAACCAGUGAAAUUGAAAUAUUGCUUUACAUGCAAGAUAUUUAGGCCGCCAAGAGCCUCUCACUGUAGCCUAUGCGACAAUUGCGUAGAGAGAUUCGAUCAUCACUGUCCGUGGGUUGGCAAUUGCGUGGGCAGAAGAAAUUAUAGAUAUUUUUAUGCUUUUAUAGUAUCCCUCGCAUUCCUUUGCGUUUUUAUAUUUAUAUGCGCGGUCACACAUAUUAUUAUGCUUACGAAAGAUAAUAAGCCGUUUUUAGAAGCUGUAAAACUAUCCCCGAGCAGCGUUAUCGUGGGAGUCGUGUGUUUCUUCUCUGUUUGGAGUAUCUUGGGCCUCGCCGGCUUCCACACGUAUCUAACUAGCAGCAAUCAAACGACUAACGAAGACAUCAAAGGGUCGUUCACGAAUAGAAGAGGACAGGACAAUUUCAAUCCUUACAGCCAGGGAAAUAUCUGCGGGAAUUUUUUUUAUGUGUUAUGUGGACCAGCUCCACCUAGUUUAAUCGAUCGCAGGGGGAUAGUUACACCUGAAUAUCGCGCGGAACACGAACGAGUUAGUGACGAUAAUGUGAUUACUAAUAAUAAGACGUAUGGUACCGCCAAAAUUGUGCAGCCUCAGUCGAACGGUACGACGGUUCAGACGAGCCCUAACACGGAUCUCACGGGCUCGAUGAACAAUUUGAUCAGCGGUCAGCAUUCACCAAGAAUAGAGUCGAUAAACGGUGAGUUGACCCUCUUGAGACACCCUACGCGUUGCCCCGAGGACCUACCAAAAUAUCCGCGCCAGUACAUAAACGAUACUUACGUGCCGCCGUACCCGGCGCAGCACUGCUCUCAGGACUCUGUGAAACAUAUUAAAUAUACCGAGGUAGAUCGGCUGAAUCCGGACUUUCAGAAGUAUCCGUGUAGGUGCGAGGACAGUUUGCACAAGUAUCCUCAUAGGUGUAGAGAGGACUAUCAUAUGUGCUCGGAUAAUAAUCUCAUAUACGACCAGUGCAUAGGGGAACAGAAAUACGACAUUGACCUUCAGAAAUAUCCUCAGAGAUACUCCGAGGACCCCUUGCGUUACAAGAUGAGCGAGAAGAACGGUUAUACCGAUCUGCAAAAGUUUCCCCAGUGCUAUUCCGAAGAUCCGUUGCGGCUUGCGCAAUCGCCGCAUAUGCUUAAAUAUAACAAUUUGAGGUGCGCCGAACACAGCUUAAAAUAUCCGAUAACGAAGAACAUUCUGCCGGCGCGUAUAUUAGGCACGGGUGGCAUACCGAUUAUCGGGCAGACCGCGAUUGGCCUCGUGGUCAACAGAUUCGGUUCCGGACCACUAACUAAUUUAUCGUAUGCGGAGAAUUCGUUAUGCCCGAGCGAUAGCACGGAGGAAGAUCUCUUGAAUCGUCGCUUCAUCAUGAGCUCAUUGAGUGACACUGAGGACAUUUAACGUUAUCUGUUAUCAACCGAUGACGCAUUUUCGAAUUAUAAAAUUCAUUUAUAGUAGAACAGGGAAACCAUAAAAUAAUUGUUAUUACUACAUUCUUACUAAGAAAAUCUUUCUAAGGAAAUCUUCAAUUCAUUAGAAAGCUUUAACGAUUAGAAUCGUGAUUCGUCCUAUCCUUAAAAAACAAAAAUCUUUCACAUUGAGAAAAUGUACUGAUUUGUAUAUACAUAUAAAUGAUUAUAUAAUUGUUCUUGAUUCCUUUAAUUGGGAAUUUUAAAAAAUUAUAUAUACAAAUCCAACAAGUUGAAUUUAAUUGUUGAAAAAAGAGAUCUAUUUAUUUUUUGAAAGUACCGUUUUGCAUUACACAUAGUUGUUUAUUUAAAAAAAAAUAUAUAUAUUACAGUUAUGAUGGUAAUAAGUGAGUUAAGGCUAUACGAUACCAAUUAUGUUUACUUGAUGUGACUCUUGGUAUUUUCUUUUUAAUUAUUACUUUAUACAUUACUUAUUACAUAAACAAGCACUGAACUUCUAAUCUAUAUUAUUGUUUCUACACAUUCGAUAUUCUUCAAGGUUCAAGAUAUUACUUCGUAUUUUGUUUUCGUGAAUUAUGCCAAUUGCAUAAACUACUUUAUCGCUAUUAUAAAAACGAUAAAAGUGCAUAAUGUAAAUAUAUGGUUUUUGUUUCUUUAAUUCUGAAUUUAGAAUGUAAAUGUAUUCGUAUAUUUAUCUAAGUUUCUUAGUAGUUAGUCAACUUUGGACAUAAUCCAAUAAAUUGUAUUUCUCUGUUGUUUAAAAUUACGUCCUGUUAUCGAGGGCUCAGAGCGUACUACUCGGUAGUACCACGGACAGUAUAAGUCAACUUGUUACCAACGAAAUACCGCUAGCGUCUCUCAAUAUAGCACCAAUUGAUAUC